AUUAAUUAAGAGCAGCUCUCAACCUGAUCCUCCUUUGUGUUGGAAGAGUAGCAAUGGCAUCUCUCAUCUCAGCUGUUCCAAGAAGGCUACAAGGGAAGGUUGCCCUGAUCACCGGAGGAGCCAGCGGCAUCGGCGAAUGCACUGCCAGAGUUUUUGCCCACCACGGAGCCAAGGUUGUUAUUGCCGAUAUCCAAGACGAACUAAGUCACUCAGUCUGCGAGUCCAUCGGCCCAUCAAGCUGCACCUAUGUCCACUGCGACGUUACAGACGAGUACCAAAUGAAAAACGCCAUUGACAAAGCUGUGGCCACCUAUGGCAAACUAGACAUAACGUUCAACAACGCAGGCGUAAUCGACCAAAACAAACCACUCAUAAUCGACAACGAAAAACCCGAUUUCGACCGCGUCCUUAGCGUGAAUGCAACCGGAGUUUUCUUGGGGAUCAAGCAUGCAGCUAGAGUCAUGGUCCCCGCUCGUAGCGGCUGCAUAAUCUCCACUGCCAGCGUAUGUUCAGCCCUUGGUGGUGCAGCGUCCCAUGCUUAUACUGCUUCAAAGCAUGCUGUGCUAGGACUGACUAGAAAUGCUGCAACUGAGCUAGGACAAUUCGGGAUUAGAGUUAACUGCUUGUCUCCCUUCGCGUGCGCCACGCCUUUAGCUAAGAAAUUUGUGGGGAUUAACAAGGAGGAACUCGAGAAGAUGACGAGUUUGCAUGCUAAUCUCAAGGGUGUGGCGCUUAAGACUGAAGAUGUUGCUAAUGCAGCACUUUUUUUAGCUAGUGAGGAGGCAAGGUAUGUGAGUGGACACAACCUCUUCAUAGAUGGGGGUUUCACUACUUGUAAUUCCUCGUUUUGCAUGUUCCACUACCCGGGCGACUCUUGAGCAUCUUUUUUUUUUGUUUUUUCGUUGUCUUUAAUUUGCUUUGGAAGAAAUGGGUUGUGAUAUCUGGUUGUGUGAACAGACAAGGAAUAUAAUAUUUUCUGCAGA